AUGGAGAUCCAGGGCCUUGGAAGUUCACCAGCUGAGCGGCCCAAGAAGCGCAGACGCCGUACAAACGCGUGUCAGCCGUGUCGCAGCCGUAAGCUACGCUGUGACCGCGAGUAUCCCACGUGUACCCGGUGCUCGAAAGGCAGGACGCCCUGGAAGUGUGUUUAUGAAGAUGGAUUUCUAUGGCAAGCUCCCGCCACAGUCGGCGCUUCAAAGCCAUCUAAUCAAGGGCCCACCGUUCCCCAACCUGAACAGACCAUUCAGACGCCAACAGACUCGGGUUUGACGGUGUCGACUCGGCCGGACGCACUCGUUUCGACCACCAACCUCGGCCUCGGCCCUACGCUGGAUGCUACACCUCAGGAUGGCCCACACCAGCAUGAGCCGGAGAAUCGUACUCAGCAUCAUCAAAGCCACCUACAUAAUCAUCACCAUUCAUUUUUGCACCCACAUCCUCGGGGAAGGCACUCCGGGCCAGAGCGUGGAUUUCUAGAGACUGUUCUCGGCGCGCCCAAGGCGGCGGUUAACCAGGAACCGUAUGUGAAUACGGGCUUGUUGCAACGGCAAAAACGAUCUGCGCCGGAAUCUGACUUGCCUUUCACGUCGCAGGUCGACAGUGAAGACAUCGACGAGGCAGACGAGGAAGAUACCUUGUCGCCGUCACAUCAAUUGGAUCUUUCGCCACGUAUAAUGAUGAGGGGCCGCGAGACGAAAACACGUUAUAGCGGGUCGGGCAUCUAUGCUAACCUUAUCGCUCAGUUUCCCGAUAUUAGGCCCUUUGCUGAAGAGAUCAGAGUAACAAAUCCGAUCCUUUCUCAAGUCAGCCCCGAUUUAGUUCGCGUCAAGAAGGGACUUUGGAAACGGGUACCUCUCAACACGCCUUUCCCUGAGCCCACGGCGGCAUCAUUGAUCGCUCUCUUGCCAUCACGUGGUGUUGUUGACGAGCUCGUUGGUUUAUAUAUAACAUACAUCGAAUGCCAACACCGCAUCCUUCAUGCCCCGUCGUUUCGACGGGAAGUGGACCAAUUCUUUGCCCUGAUGGAUAAUCCUAGCAAUGUUUCUACCGGAUUUCUAGUGCAGCUUCUUCUCGUUCUUGCGUGUGCGUGGAAUCUUGCGGAUGUAGGUAGUUUGCAGGAGAAGAGCCCAACCCCGCUCAAAUGCUAUACUGCCGUUGAGUGGGUGCUUCAUGCAGAGAAGUGGAUCGACAAUGCGCAAAUAAAGCGGCCGGAGAUCACAGCCUUGCGGCUAUACAUCUUGCUGGUAGUUGCGCAAAAUUGCUUCGGAACCAAGCGCAGCAAAGCUUGGCUUUCAACGGGUACCCUCAUCAGACAGGCAAUGCUAGCGGGGUAUCAUCGGGAUCCUAAUAAGUAUGCCCGUAUCUCUGUCUUCAAUAAGGAGAUGCGCCGGCGGAUAUGGAUGACCAUUGUGGAACUUGAUCUCCAAGUCGCUAUCGAUCGAGGCAUGCCUCCGAAUAUCCAAAGUACAGACUACGAUACUCUCCCUGCACUAAACAUCAACGAUGAUGAGAUUCAUGAGGGAACCACGGAAGCCCCUCUGGGCCGUCCUCUUAGUGAGAUCACCGAUUCUUCGUUUGCAACGAUCAUGUACCGGUCGCUGCCCAUUCGACUCAAGGCAUGUCAACUCAUGCACUCUCCUCGAAUCAGCUGCCGCUACGAAGAAAUACAGCGGUUAGACUGGGAGCUCAGUCGACACUUUUCGCGGAUUCCGGUAUGGUCGGUAUCGGAACCCAACGAUCAUGCCAGCCAACUCAAGGUCACCCUUUGGAAAGCCAUGAUCGAGACAAGGCUAGCACAAAGCCUUCUUUCUAUCCAUACCCCAUUUGCGAUCGAGGCGCACCGGGAGGCGCUCUUCGCACCCUCGGCCCGUUCCCGCCUUGACGCAGCGGUGAGGAUUCUCACAACGCAAAAAAGACUAUAUGAAAUCUCACAGCCACUGUCACUUUGCAUGCUGGGGGAGUGGACCGUUCAGGCCUAUAUCUCGAUUUGCCAGCUAUUAUACUUGGCGAAGGAGAAGACCACUUGUAAUCCUUCCAGCCCCACGUUCACACUCCAUACACUACCCGGCCUUCCAGAUUCUCUUAUCUCACUCGUCGAGAUAGCUCUCGUAUGCCUUGAAAACCGCUUCUUACUUGUCGUCAAGGGCGCAAAGGAUUACUUCUUCCUCUCAACAAUCGUCGCCCUAGUCAAGUCCAAAGUCUGGCCGGCUCAACACUCUUCACUCGACAUGCUACCUGUGAACAUCUGGGGGGGCCCCGGAAUGGGCAGUUUCAAAGAUAACCAGGUCGCUACUUUUGUUUCGACGCCAGGCAUGGCGACCGUGAUGCCAUCCGACUUUGAUGGCAUUCUUCCACCGUCGAAUAUGGUCGUACCGCCACCUGAUGCUUUCGAUCCCUUCCUCGACGUUUUCGACUGGGAGGAUCUAACGGGGAUUGCAUUGGGCAAUUAA